AUGCUGGCCAUGCAGCAGAGCAUGGUGCUGGAGGCCAUCUGCCACUGCCUGGAUGAGCAUGACCAGACCUUUCUCUUCCACUUGUACGGGCUGAUCCUCCGGGAAUGCACCCACAAGGAGCUGGUGAGGAGGCACCUGGCUUGCCUGCUGGAGUUGUCCCACCAGCCUGCGGGCCAGCGGCAGGGCAUGGCACUUGCUGUGGGCGUGGCAGCCACCGUGCACGUGGAGGUGGUGUGGACAGUGCUGGAGCGCCUGGGCCACACCAGGUUCCUGAGGUUGGCCCUCCCUUCCCCAGAUAACAAGGACGACAUCCUAGACACGAGCUUCCUUUCGGCGGCUGUGAUGCUCACGAAGGCCAUCGGGCGGGAGGAUGGUGCCCAGAACUACAAGUUCACUCAGAUUCCCGAGCUCAUCGGGUGUCUCCUGUGCCUCCUGCAGAAGGAGCCCAACUUCCUGGCCACCCUCUGCCGGCAGAAGAUCAUACUGGUCAUUGAGGGACUGAGCAAUUUGCGGCCCCAUUUCACACCCAUGGUCAAGUCCAGGAUCCUGCAGACCUGCCUGAGGAGCUUGUACACACUCCCACCCAUGGAGACGUUGAAGAGCAGCUUACCCCCCAUGGAGCCAGCCCCGGAUGUCAUGGAGCUGUACAGGAAGACUGCACGUGCGCUCGGCCUGCUGCUGCAGAGCUUCAUCUCUGAGAAUGAGAGCUUGGACGAGGUCUGCUUCCUCCUGCAGCACACAGAACACUGGCUGAGGUCGGACAAGAGCCACGAGUGCAAGCGGGCCGUGCAGUCCAUCUCCCAGCUCCUGCAAUACGUGGUGGACUUUCUGCACAUCACAGAAGAGGCCACGCCCUCCAUGCUGGGCCACCAGCUAGGCCUGCUGACUCUGCUGUGGCAGGACAAGGACGGGGUCACCCGGGAUCUCUCCCGCCGCUGUGUCUUCCUCCUCCUCCAGCUUCUGGCUCAGCAGAAGGGGAGGACGGUGGGAUUCAUGCACCUGAACAAAACAAAGCAUUUUGAAGGACGGGCCUCCAGGGCACGGGAGGUGAACGUGAAGCUCCACGAUGUGGUGAAGGCCUUCGACAAGAACCUGACCGUGGCCCAGCACACACAGCUGGUUCUCACGCUCCAGCACAGCCUGUGCAGCCACAGCCAGCCACGCCGCGACCUGGCCUCGCAGCUCCUCCUGAUGAUCUUCGAGGGGCCUGGACUCAAGACCGAGCAGGUGGCCGAGGUCCUGCAUAGCCUGUUCCGGGAGCUGCCGGGCAUCACCUUCAGUAACAUGCAGGCCAUGAUGAAGGCCAUGACGGCUCUGGGGACCCAGCACACCCAGGAGACAGUUGAGGUGGUCCUGUCCCUGUGCCCCCCCUCGGAGAGGCGGAUCCUACCCCUGUGGAAAGCCCUGGCUUCCAACAACCGGCUGGCCCGUAAGGUCAUCACUCUGCUCUACAUGAAGCUGAAGCUGAGGCCCGCAAGGGACCUCAUCAGGUCCAUGCAGCAUACCCAGCUCACCUCUCUGCUGGCCCUGGGCACCAUUUACGAGCUGCUCUACACCCAGGAGUGCAAGCCCGCAGUCCACUGGGCCUUUGCAGGGAUCCUCCUGGGUCUACUUACGCAGCUCCACUACCUGUUUGAGCUGGGCAUGGUUGAGGGCAUCUCGGACUACCAGGAAGAUGUCCUAGAAAUGAAGCCCCUCAGCCCCUGCAGGACGUGCCUAGAAGCCCUGAAGGGCCUCUUCUGGACCACCAACUACUGGGAGGUGUUCGCCUACCUCAAGCUGCUGCAGGGCUGGGAGCUCUUUGAGCAUCUGGAAACCUACACAGAGGGCGUGACCCUCUUGGCCCGGGCCAUGGCCCACUAUGACUGUGAGGUCAAGGCUGUCUUGGGGCAGGCGGUCAUCUCCAUGAAGAGCAGAGAGGAGCGGGACAACGUCGUGGCCAUUCUCGUCAUCACAGAGUUUCUCAACAGCCCAGUGGUCUCCCAGCAUGUGUCUCGGAGAAGAAUGGACAAGUUCCUGAGCCUGGGUCUGCACAACCCCAACCAGCUUGUGCGGGCCAUGAGCCUGAAGGGCCUCAGCAGUGCCCUGAUGCACCCUGAGAAGGGGGCCCUGCUCCGGGACCAGCUGACAGGGCUGCUGGAGAGCUUCCUGAAGCCCGAGCCCAAGGACCCCUCGGGCCUCAUGGAGAUCCUGGGUGACAUCCUGCACCGCCUGGGAGUCCAGAGAGCUGGUGUCAUCAGCCUCAAGAUUGCACAGCACCUGCCCCCCUUGUUUGAAGAUGAAAGGGAAGAGGUGCGCGGAGGAGCCAUCUUCCUGUUCGGACAUGUCAUCCACGGUGGAGGCAAGAGGUUCCAGCAGGCGCUCAAGACCAUCGCCUCCCAGGUCCUGGUGCCACUGCUCUUCCACCUGGUCGACCCCUGCCCUGGAGUGGUGAAGUGUGCAGAUCACGCCCUCUGUGACAGUGCCCACCACACCCUGUCUGCCCGAUGCCCCAGCCUGGAGGGGACCCUGUUUAAUUCCACAGAGGAUCUGCAGGGUGGCCCUGAAACUGCAGCCCUGGACUGUGGCCGUGUCACAUGGGCCCCAGGGUUCACUG